AUGCAGAGGGGGUACUUUCCCAUCCUCAUUGCCUUGGCCCAGGUCGCCGGGUCGCUGGCGAAGACGGUCACCUAUGACUGGAACGUGACUUGGGUUAUGGCCAGCCCCGAUGGGUUUUCCAGGCCUGUCAUAGGGAUAAACGACGCCUGGCCAUGCCCAAUAAUCGAGGCGGACGUUGGCGAUACCGUCACUGUCAACUUGAACAACAAACUGGGCAAUGAGACUACAGGUCUCCAUUUCCAUGGAAUUAACCAAAUCAAUUCGAAUGAUAUGGAUGGCGCUGUUGGCGUGAACCAAUGCCCUGUAGCUCCGGAUACCACGGUCAAGUACCGCUUCUAUGCUGAUGAGCCCGGCACGUAUUGGUACCAUUCACAUAGUAUGGGCCAAUACCCAGACGGCCUCCGUGGUCCGCUCAUAAUUCAUGAUCCAGACGACCCUUAUAAAAACGCCUAUGAUGAAGAAGUCAUCCUCAGCCUAUCAGAUUGGUAUCGCGACCAAACUCCGUCUCUCGUGUCAGCGAUGAUUCAACCCAACAACACGCAAUUCGCACCUCCCAUCCCAAAUAGUACCAUUGUGAACGACGGCGGCGACGGUCAUAUCCCCGUCGAGCCUGGUAAGACCUAUCGUCUUCGCUUGAUCAAUUGGUCCGCCAUGUUCUCUACAUUUAUCCAGUUCGACUCCUUUGACAUGGACGUCAUCGCAAUCGACGCCACGUACGUGAGCAGACAGUCUGCGAAACAGUUGCGAAUAUCUGCCGCCCAACGGUUCGACGUCUUGAUUACGAUCCCCAGAAAUGCUAACCGGAAUUAUCCGUAUUUGGUUGCUUUGGACUUGAAUGAAGACUUCACGGAUCCGGACCCCCCGAGGCCCAUUCAGUUUCCGUUCAAUGUCACGGGCAUGUUGGUGACGGAUUCAGGAAAGGACACGUCCGGCUCACUCACCGUGCAGAAAUUUGACCCGUUCGACGACAUCACCUUCCAACCCCACGACAACGAAACAGUCUACAGCCCGGUCGAUAGGCGGUGGGUGCUGGAUUUUGACUAUUGUCAUGACGAAAAUGGAUAUCCUCGAGCUUGCUUCAAUAACUCAACUUACAUCGCGCAGAAAGUCCCGGCCCUGUACUCUGCCGCAUCACUGGGAGAGAACAAUACCCAGACUGAAGCGUACGGACCGAUUGGUGCCUUCGUCGUCGAGUAUGGGGAGGUUCUGGAGAUUGUUAUAAACAACCAUAACGGAGCCAUCCACCCCUUUCAUCUACACGGACACCAAUUCCAAGUCCUCACGCGGCCCGAGAGCAACGCUGGUAACUGGAGCGCUGAUGUUGCCAUUAAUGACGUGCCACCAAGGCGAGACACCGUCGCCGUGAACCCCAAUUCGUACGCUGUGUUCCGUAUAAAAGCUGACAAUCCCGGGGUCUUCUUGUUCCAUUGCCACGUGGAGUGGCACGUGGAGAUGGGCCUUACCGCAACCCUGCUAGAGGCUCCUGACAAACUUCGCGACUACACGAUCCCUCAGGACCAUAUCGAUGCCUGCGAUGCCAUGGGAAUACCUACGACGGGUAAUGCGGCCGGUAAUGAGGAAUGGGACAAUACAGACGGUUUCGUCACAGUGCCACCUACCACUUACACUGGCUCGAUUUACACCGAAUCUGACUAA